AUGGUGCCCGACAAAGAUGGAGAACUUGCAGUCACGAAGUUCUCAUUUGCAAGUGACCUUGCAAGCAAGGUAACCGGAAUCAUGAGCGAAGACCAUACCGUUAAAGGACUAUCACCCUUUGGUACGCAGUACGACGGCUCCAAUCUGCGCAUUGCGAUCGUCCACACCAGAUGGAACAAGGUGGUCAUCGACGCGUUGCUAGUGGCGACGCUGAGGAAGCUCAGGGAAGCUGGUGUUAAAGAGGGUAACAUUGUCAUUCAGAGCGUCCCUGGAAGUUUUGAGCUCCCAUUGGCAUGCGCAAGGGUCAUAUCUGCAUCUCAAAUCCAGGCAUAUUCAACCGCAACGGAUCUACUCAGUGGCGCGAACUCGUUAUUGUCCCUUGACUCUCGUCCCAACACACCUGCCAUCGCUUCGUCAAAGCCGGCCAACAUACCAUCUCGACCAUUUGAUGCCGUUAUCGCGAUUGGGGUUCUUCUCAAAGGCUCAACGAUGCACACCUCUGAAGCGGUUUCUACAGGACUCAUGCGGGUCCAAUUGGAUAGUGGGGUUCCGAUAAUAUUCGGGGUAUUGACUGCGCUGGCGGAUGUGCAGGCUCUAAUCAGAGGGGGAAUAGGUGGCCCGGAUGGCAAGCAGGGUCAUCACCAUGGGGAAGACUGGGGUGCUGCUGCGGUUGAAAUGGGAAGUCAAGCUCGAGGGUUAGAGAUGUGCUUUGGACUCGAACGUGGCGCGCGAGUGAAUCGAGAAUUACCGCCACAGCUCAAAAACUGA